AUGAACGUUAGGUCGGCCGAAGUCACCGACCGGAAAUUAGAUGACCCCUUCCUUGUCACUUUUGAGGAACUCUACGAUCCUGACAAUCCCAAAGAUUGGUCUACGGCCAAGAAGUGGACUGUGACCGACGUCCUCUCCGCAACUGGCUUCAACCGCAUCAUGGUCAGCACCAUCAUGGCCCCAGCAAUCAACACCAUAGCCAAGGAGCUCCACAUGAGUAGUGCCGAGUCCGUCAUGGCCCUCUCCAUCUACCUCCUCGCCACGGCUUUCGGUCCACUGUUCAUCGGACCAUUGAGUGAGGUCUAUGGAAGGAAGCCCAUCCUACACUUCUCGAACAUCUGGUUCUUGAUCUGGAACAUCGUCUGCGGGUUUGCCAACACCAAGGGCACACUCAUCGCCGCACGCUUCCUGGCUGGUUUUGGGGCUUCGGCAAUUUAUGCUCUUGCAGGAGGUGUGCUGGGAGAUGUCUGGCGACCUGAACAGCGAGGCAAGUCCUUGGGCAUCUACCUGCUUAUCCCCUUACUGGGAGCGGCUGUCGGUCCGAUCAUUGGAGGUUUCAUGGCUGAGCGUACGACAUGGCGCUGGAUGUUCUGGUCCACUUCAGCCUUCCAAGGAGUCAUGAUCGUUGCGUCCUACCUAGCAUUCUACGAGACAUAUCCUCAGCUCAUCCUUCGCCGCCGCGCAGCGAAGAAGCGGAGCGAGACUGGCGACAAUCGAUAUUAUACCGCCGCCGAGAAGCUUGACGGUGAGCGAUCUGUGAUCCGGAUCGUUGGACGAAGUCUUUCCCGGCCAAUGCGACUCCUCGGUUUCCACCCCAUCGUUCAGGCCGUCGCUUGCUUGAGCGGGUUCUACUACGGCGUCACCUACAUUGUCCUAGCCACCUUCUCUGAUCUCUGGGUGACCAAGUACCACCAACGAAUCGACAUCAGCGGACUCCACUACAUCGCAUGUGCACUAGGAGAAAUCUCAGGCUCGCAGAUAGGAGGUCCACUCAUGGACCGCGUCUUCGCGAAGCUGAAGAAGAAAGCAAAUGGAGAGGUCGUGCCGGAGUAUCACCUCCCCAUGAUGGUGCCCGCAGCUCUGAUCACACCAAUAGGCCUGCUCAUGUACGGAUGGUCGGCACAAGCUCACGUACACUGGAUUGUAGUCGACAUCGGGGUCUUCGUCACGACGUUUGGGAUGCAGAUAGGGGGGCAACCUCUGCAGGCGUACAUCAUCGACUCUUACCCAGACCAUGCGAGCUCGGCGACCGCGGCCAGCCAGUUCAUCAGGAGUCUGACGGCUUUUGCGUUUCCGCUCUUCGCUCCUUAUAUGUAUCGCUCGCUUGGAUAUGGCUGGGGCAACACAACCAUUGCUCUAGUUGCUCUUGCCAUCAGCAUCCCAGCUCCUCUGUUGCUGUGGCGGUAUGGAGCCCGGUUGAGGGCAAAAGCAGAGGAGAGCUAUUGA